CAUUUUUCCUCUUUGUUUCCCCUCUCCCGCGAGCUAAUCCAAUGGAGAUCUCAAGAACCCCAACAUUUUUCCAAGAUCUCGCUUCCAGAGAGCUCAAUGGAUUCAGAGUUCGGAAGCGGCCGCGUUUUGGCGCUGACAUUGCCCUUAAUUUCAAGGAAGUCGGAGCUCUUGCCGUUGAGCACGACGGUGACCAGACGCCGCCAUUGGCCGUUUCGUUCUGCAAGACGUUAACAAAUUCCCACUUGUUUGCACUAUCGGAUGAGGAUGGGUACGUAAGCCUGUUCAACUCUCGCAACAGAUUUUCGUCGUUUUCAUCUCAUCAGGAAAAUUCAGAGAAGUCAAGGGUCUGUGAGUGGGAAGCACAUCGCAAUGCUGUAUUUGAUGUUUGUUGGAUUAAGGGAGAUACCCAGAUGAUUACAGCUUCUGGAGAUCAAUCUAUGAAAAUAUGGGACGUUCAGGAAAUGAAAUGCAUAGGAAUAUUGAGAGGGCAUAAAGGAAGUGUGAAAUCCAUAUCUUCUCACCCAACUAAUCAUGAUAUAAUUGUAUCUGGUUCAAGAGAUGGCUCAUUUGCUCUCUGGGACUUGAGAACCACUUCUUGUUCCAAAGUUGGCAGUGAGGAGCUGUGCCUACGGGCUACUGCAGUAGUUAAAGGAGCCCAUCUUUCCACUCAUGCAAAGCGUAUCAGGCGUCAAAAGUCUGCUUCGAAGAGCAUAACUUCUGUUCUUUACCUAAAAGAUGAACUCUCCAUAGCCACAGCUGGUGCAGUGGACAGCAUUGUGAAAUUCUGGGAUACAAGAAAUUUAAAGAAUGCAAUCACUUGGUGCCAACCCAAAUACAGCGACAAGGAAACGAGAUUACAUGGUAUAUCCAGCUUAUCCCAAGACGCAAAUGGGGCAUUUCUUUCAGCAUCGUGCAUGGAUAAUAGAAUAUAUUUGUACAAUAUACUUCAGCUGGAUAAGGGUCCUGUGAAAUCAUUUUCUGGAUGUCAAAUAGAUUCUUUCUUCGUAAAGUCUGUAGUCAGUCCUGAUGCUUCUUACCUUCUCAGUGGUUCUACUGAUGGAAAUGCCCACGUUUGGCAGGUAAACCAGCCUCAAGAAGAUCCCAUCACAUUAACAAAUCAUAAUGGAGAAGUUUCGGCGGUGGAUUGGUCUUCGUUUGAACUUGGGAAGUUUGUGACAUCCUCAGAUGAUUUCACGGUUCGAAUAUGGAAUGCUGAAAAAAACAGUGGCUACUCAAGUAAAAGGCCAACUUCAUGCAACAGAAAGAGAAUUAUGGCGAUGCCGACUAUAGAACACCCCAAAGACUCUGACUCUUCAGAUUCUUCUUCAUACUUUGAUAGAGCUUCCAUGGAGAACAAAUUAGGCACUCCAGAGUCCAAGGUAAAAAGAUUUAUUACAGACAUUGACUUAAUUGAAAGCUUUGAGAAGACCCCUGAAGCCACUUCCAAAAGCCCAUCUUCUGUUCUAAAUCCUCCAUCUUCCUCCAUGAAAAGAAAAACAAUCAGAGAUUACUUUAUAGUUGCUUCUUAAAACCAGGCCUCACUGUUCUGUUCAUUUUUGGAGUACAUAUUUUCGUUUUCAUCCAUUUUUAGAGCUCACCAUUUGCCUCAAUUUUGCUGGUGGGUCCAAAUAGAAGCCUUUAGAACAGCAAGUCUGAAUGAAUACCUUGGUUUGGGAUGUUCUGAGAUGAUAUGUGGUAUUUUUUGUAUUUUUUUGUAGCAAGUCUUGUACUGAUGUGCAGGAUUGUAUUUGAAGUGUACAGUGAGGGGAUGCAAUUUUGUAAAGUAUUAUAGUUUUAAUA